CAACAAACUAUUCUCUUCGUGUGUGUUGUCUCGAUCACACCAGCCCUCCGCAACCGACAGUUCAUUGCGAUCUAUGGGAAUGAGAAAACCAGCAGAUCGGGUGUAUGUUGUCUUGUCCUUGCGAUCACUUUGCAAGUGAACUUUAAAGUAAGAUUCCGUAGUCGGAGUAAAAAGAAAGUGAACAUCAGCUGGUAUGUCUGCAUAAAUACUCGUACAUACAUGCGUGUAUUACAAGCUACACGCACACACAGACAUAACGUAACGUCAGAGCGUUGUAGUGCGCCGGACUCCUCGAUAGCGGCUUGAAUAACGCUCCAAUAACAAACACUGGCAGCUGGUCGGCCGCUAGAAAAGCCUGUAUCUCACACCGGGCGCAUUGAUCUUUACAGUUGAAUUGCGAUUAAAGAAACUUACGGCUCAAACUGAGCGUCGUGUGGAGAUAGAGAAACAGAGAGAGAGGGAGUGAAAGAGAGUAGGGAGGGCGAGUGCCGAAUAUGAGCAAUUUUGAUACAAUUAAAGUGACCAGGACUGUGUACUUUUAACACUUCGAGGUGUUACUGUUAGCGAAGUUACAGUGACUUUUUUUUAAAGAAAUGGUCAGCAGUUAUAAACGCGAUAAAACAGGAAUUACGAAUAGCGUGUUUUUCUUCUUCUGUCCGAUGGACGUAAAUUAGACGACAUCAUCGUAUGAGAGAUCACGAGAGAAAUACUAGAACUUAGUUUUCAGUACAACCAGUCAAAACUGUUGUUCCUCACCACCAUCACUACCACCACCCUUAUUUACUCGACCGCCCUGCUAAGAAAAGUUUACAAUUUCUUCGCUAGCCAAACUGGUGUUCUUCACUACCACUACCACCACCACCACCCUGUUUGCUCGGCCACCUUGCAGCAAAGGAAAGUUUCGAAUUUCUUCGCGAGCUAGAAAGAGAGAGAGAGAGAGAGAAAGAGAGGACUUAAACUAAUCGAUGUGGUUGGUUAGGUCUGUUUACUUACGGAGACUAACGACGGCUAAGGACAGGCCGUAAGGAACAGUUCAAGCCAAUCCUACCAGCGUACACUAAAUAUUGUUGGUCAGUUUGGAAACGUGGACGGGCGAUCGACGGAUAGAAAUACUGCAUAGACAAACCGACACCGUGGUAUAUCAUAUAUAUUUCUUAUAGCUGUGAACACCAGACUGAUGGGUUUUUUUCGAGGAAUCACCAUCUGUGAAAGAAGGAAGAUGUGAUUUUUGUUUUGUUCACUGAUUGAUUGCGUGAUUCUGUGAUUUGAGGAUAUUCACGCCGUUCAACGGAUUAAUUAAUUAAUUUAACUCGUGAGGUGCGAUACCUUAGCUGUGAGGUGUACACACAUUUAUCUAACAGAAGGCAAUGACUGCGAUGUCACCCGUCUGCUCUCUGCUGAUGACCUUGCGUGCUGGAGCAGGCUGAUGUAGAAGGUAGAACUCACGGAAUAUGCAGAGCAACUGGACCAGCCCUUUCUAUGACGUAUCUACACACAGCCUAGCUCUCAAUGUCACCAGCACCACCAUCACCAACAUCAGCAGCAGCAGCAGCGACGAGGACUCAGGGGUGUACACCUUGGCGGAGAAGGUCGCCAUAGGAACGUUCCUGUCCAUCAUUAUCGUCCUUGCCAUAGGAGGCAACCUCCUGGUCUGCGCCGCCGUCUUCACCGACCGGAGACUCAAGCGGAAUACCAAUUUCUUCAUCGUCUCCCUCGCCAUCGCCGAUCUGCUGGUGGCGGCGUUCGUGAUGACGUUCGCGCUGGUGAACGACAUCCUGGGGAAAUGGGUGCUCGGCGCGGAGUUCUGCAAGAUCUGGAUCUCCUCGGACAUCAUGUGUUCCACGGCGUCCAUCCUCAACCUGUGCGUGAUCAGCCUGGACAGGUACAUCCACAUCAAGGACCCGCUCAGGUACGACAACUGGAUGACGCGCAAGAAGACGGUGCUCUUCAUCGCCAUCGUCUGGAUACUGUCGGCGCUCAUCUCGUUCGUGCCCAUCCACAACGGCUGGCACGAGAACAGCGACGGCGACACGAUCGCCUCGGACGAAUGCAUCUUCGAGCUGAACCCAAUAUAUGCAGUCGUUUCCUCAACCAUUAGUUUUUAUAUUCCGUGUAUUGUGAUGCUUUCCAUCUACUGCAAGUUGUACCUUUAUGCAAGGAGACACGUGGAGGUGAUCAAACGGACGCACACCGCCGACCGAUUUCAGUCGGAUGGCACGAAGGUGUCGUACAGAGUUUCCGACCACAAGGCGGCGGUCACGUUGGGAAUAAUAAUGGGCGUGUUUCUGUUGUGUUGGGUGCCGUUCUUCAUCAUUAACCCUAUCGCUGCUUUCUGUCUGACGUGCAUACCCCCGGUAGUUUUCAAGAUCCUCACCUGGCUCGGCUACGUGAACUCGUGUCUCAAUCCAAUCAUAUACAGCAUAUUCAACACGGAGUUCAGGGACGCGUUCAGGAGGAUUAUUUUUCCAAAGUGCUUGUUGGAGAGAGAGAAGAAAAAGACGCUUUACGGAACCAACGGGAAUAGAAAGAUAAACAAAGCUGAGUACGGACCUCCGUUGAUGGAGAACGGGUCGACCAGUAGUAACCAGGCGAGGAAAAAUAGUAGAGAACGUUUGUUCGCCGAUAGAAUCACGUCUUUAUAAUCAAGUGUCAGGGGCGGAUCCAGUCAGGGGUGUUCUAAGGGUGCACAUUCUCUCUCUCUCUCUCUCUCUCUCUCUCUCUCUCUCUCUCUCUCUCUCUCUCUCUCUCUCUCUCUCCCUCUCUCUCUCCCUCCCCUCUCUCUCUCUC